ACUGUGGCUCGGCGCACGCUGCCGGCGGCUGCCCUUUCUGCCUCGGGGAAAGAAAACCUUUGGGUCCCGGUCGCGCUUGAACCAUGGCCUCGGGCCGAAGGGGCUGGGACAGCUCGCAUGAAGACGAUCUGCCGGUGUACCUGGCCAGGCCGGGCACCACCGACCAGGUCCCGCGGCAGAAGUACGGCGGCAUGUUCUGCAACGUGGAGGGCGCCUUCGAGAGCAAGACGCUGGAUUUCGAUGCCCUGAGCGUGGGGCAGCGCGGCGCGAAGACUCCUCGGAGCAGCCAGGGCGGCAACCGCGGCUCGGGGAGCCGGCCUGGGGUCGAGGGGGACACCCCGCGCCGGGGCCAAGGCCGGGAGGAGAGCAGGGAGCCGGCGCCCGCCUCGCCCGCGCCCUCCGGGGUGGAGAUUCGGAGUGCCACCGGCAAGGAGGUGUUGCAGAACCUCGGCCCCAAGGACAAGAGUGACCGUCUCCUUAUCAAGGGAGGCAGAAUCGUCAACGAUGAUCAGUCUUUUUAUGCCGAUAUUUACAUGGAAGAUGGCUUGAUAAAGCAAAUUGGAGACAAUCUGAUUGUCCCUGGAGGGGUGAAGACCAUCGAAGCCAAUGGGAAGAUGGUGCUCCCUGGAGGCAUCGACGUCCACACUCACUUCCAGAUGCCAUACAAGGGAAUGACUACAGUGGAUGACUUCUUCCAAGGCACAAAGGCAGCCUUAGCAGGUGGCACCACCAUGAUCAUCGACCACGUGGUGCCUGAGCCCGAGUCCAGCCUGACCGAGGCCUAUGAGAAGUGGCGAGAGUGGGCCGAUGGGAAGAGCUGCUGUGACUAUGCCUUGCACGUGGACAUCACCCACUGGAACGACAGUGUGAAGCAGGAAGUGCAGAACCUCAUCAAGGACAAAGGGGUUAACUCCUUCAUGGUUUACAUGGCCUACAAGGACUUGUAUCAAGUGUCCAACACAGAGCUCUACGAGAUCUUUACCUGCUUAGGAGAGCUGGGGGCCAUUGCUCAAGUUCAUGCUGAGAAUGGAGAUAUCAUUGCCCAGGAGCAAACCCGGAUGUUGGAAAUGGGGAUAACUGGCCCAGAAGGCCAUGUACUGAGCAGACCAGAGGAGCUGGAAGCUGAGGCUGUGUUCCGUGCCAUCACCAUUGCCAGCCAAACCAAUUGUCCUCUCUACAUCACGAAGGUCAUGAGUAAGAGUGCGGCUGACCUCAUCUCGCAAGCCAGGAAAAAAGGAAACGUGGUCUUUGGUGAGCCCAUAACUGCCAGCCUUGGCAUAGAUGGAACCCAUUACUGGAGCAAGAACUGGGCCAAGGCAGCUGCAUUUGUGACAUCCCCACCUCUGAGUCCUGACCCGACCACUCCAGACUACAUCAACUCCCUGCUGGCCAGUGGGGACCUACAGCUGUCUGGAAGUGCCCACUGCACCUUCAGCACUGCCCAGAAAGCAAUUGGGAAGGACAACUUCACAGCCAUUCCCGAGGGCACCAACGGUGUGGAAGAGAGAAUGUCUGUCAUCUGGGACAAGGCUGUGGCCACAGGGAAAAUGGAUGAGAACCAGUUUGUGGCUGUGACAAGCACAAAUGCUGCCAAGAUCUUCAACCUGUAUCCCCGCAAGGGCAGAAUAUCUGUGGGUUCUGACAGCGACCUGGUCAUCUGGGAUCCAGAUGCUGUGAAGAUCGUCUCUGCCAAGAACCACCAGUCUGCUGCCGAGUAUAACAUCUUUGAAGGGAUGGAGCUGCGUGGGGCUCCUCUGGUUGUCAUCUGCCAGGGCAAGAUCAUGCUGGAAGACGGCAACCUGCACGUGACCCAGGGGGCCGGCCGCUUCAUCCCCUGCAGCCCCUUCUCCGACCACGUCUACAAGCGUAUUAAAGCCCGGAGGAAGAUGGCAGACCUGCAUGCCGUCCCGAGGGGCAUGUAUGAUGGACCUGUGUUUGACCUGACCACCACCCCUAAAGGGGGAACCCCCGCAGGCUCAGCCCGGGGUUCUCCUACUCGGCCGAACCCGCCUGUGAGGAAUCUCCAUCAGUCCGGAUUUAGCCUGUCGGGCACCCAAGUGGAUGAAGGGGUCCGCUCAGCCAGCAAGCGCAUCGUGGCGCCCCCCGGAGGCCGUUCUAAUAUCACAUCCCUGAGUUAAGCAACCCCUCCCCAAAGAGAGGGGCAGAAGCAAGAAGAGAUUUUUUUGAAGCCAAAAUGGUACACCGAUAUUUAAGAAGGAAAGUGAAUCCAAACAGUUGCGAUCUAAAGAAUCAACAAGCCUCAAGCCUUAUGUUUCUCCAAUGUUAUGCUCGCUUGCCUAGCUUUACGAAUAUUGCUUUGUUUUCUGUUUAUGCAUAGCCUUGAUUUUUUUGGCCCCUCCCCCAUUUACAUGCAUGCAAUCGGACAGGCCAUUGCGGUAAAAGAGUCUGCUAUAUUAUUAUAGUGUUGAGAGCGUGUGUAGUGCUGCAUCUUACGACAAGGGGACAGGCAAAGCUGGAUGUCAGGGAAAUGGACAAAAGGGACACAGAUUAUUUGGGGAGAGCGGGUGGUGGGGGCCCGGAGCAAGGUGGAGGGUGCAGAGGGGCUGGGGUUGGAUGUGGAGGGGGGAGGUGGGUGGGCCAGGUGAGAGCAAAGGGUGUUGUGUAUUGUGUUGAUGACAUACGUUAAUUUCCAUGGGAGAUGGCCACUUGUGACAGCUGUCCCUUUGGUAUGGGUCCCUUGGGGUAGAGAAGGCAGGAAGUCUUUGGUUUCUGGACUUUGUCACGUCCCCUCCUAGUAGAUUUUGUUUCUUUGAACAUUUAUUAAAAUGCCAAAACCCAAC